GAAUUAAUAAUUUUCUGGGUUUUGGUGGGUAAUGAGGUGUUAUAAAGGAUAUGGGUUCAUUUGAUAAAUCAAAGGGAUCCGGGUUUUUUGUAGGGUUUUAGAGAGUGUUAAUAAAAGGGGAAAGGAGGAAGAGAGAAGAUAGUAAAAGCAAAAGACGUGGUCUUUCUCAUAUACACAGAUCCCUAUGGAAUGCAGGGUUGCUACCCAGCAUUGCUUGCCUGGAAUUCAUUCUUUUUUUUUAGUUUAAAGAGACUAGUUUUAUUCUCUUCAGACGCUCGGACAGAGACUUUGGUUUGGUGGGGAUUUACAUAGAUUGUAGAGUUUUAAUGUUGUCAUGAGAAAAUUUUCUUGGCAAUGACUUCUUCUGCUACUAGACAACAAAAAUAGCUAAGUUUGAUGAAGGGAGGCAAGAUAUAUUGGUUUAUGAUUAGUUUAUUUCGUUGCCAAUGAUUGAGUUGCCUUGCACAAAGAGAUACUUCUAAGAAAACUCUGUUAGCAAGAAAAGGAAGAGAGAAGUAGACGAUGAAGUCUGUGAAUGAUGAUAGCAACGGCAACACCAAUAAUAACUGGUUGGGUUUCUCUCUCUCACCCCACAUGAAAAUGGAGGUUAAUACUGAACCUCAUCAUCAGUACCAUCAUCAAACUCACCCUCCUCCUACACCUGUUUCUAAUGCUGUUCCUACAAGCUUUUACUUGUCUUCUUCCAACCUUAACCCCACUGGUAUCUGUUAUGGUGUUGGAGAAAAUGGUGCUUUUCAUUCUCCUUUGUCCGUGAUGCCACUCAAGUCGGAUGGCUCACUUUGUAUUAUGGAGGCUCUCACUAGUUCACAAGCAGAAGGUAUUGUGCCAAGCUCAUCACCGAAACUUGAGGACUUCUUAGGUGGUGCGACAAUGGAAAGUCAUCAGUAUGGAAGCCAUGAAAGAGAAACAAUGGCUCUCAGCUUAGAUAGCAUCUACUACCACCAGAGUGCAGCCUCAGAAACUAACCGGCAGCAUUCUUUUGACCUUCUUCAAGAACAAUUACGGCAACAAGACCAACACUUUCCAGUUCAAAACCACCCAUAUUACUUGGGAAUGCCGUGCCAUGGAAUAUACCAGGCACCAUUGGAGGAAGAAACCAAGAAUUGUCACCUUGCUGACUGUGAAUCCCAGAUCCCUCAAAUGGGGGAUGAUGCAUUAAAAAACUGGGUAUCCAGGCACUACACUAAUAGUGCACUGGAGCAGCAGAUGAGUAGUGCCAUGGUUGAUGAUGGAACUUCUGGGUCUGUUGGUGCAAUUGGUUGUGGUGACUUACAGGCUUUGAGCUUGUCCAUGAGUCCUGGUUCGCAGUCUAGUUGUGUCACAGCUGCAAGGCAGAUCUCACCUGCUGCUGCUGACUGUGUGGGCAUGGAAACAAAGAAGCGAGGACCUGGAAAAGUGAAUCUAAAGCAGCCUGUUCAUAGGAAGUCCAUUGACACAUUUGGGCAAAGAACAUCUCAGUAUAGAGGCGUGACAAGACACAGAUGGACGGGUAGAUAUGAAGCUCAUUUGUGGGAUAACAGUUGCAAGAAAGAAGGGCAGACCAGGAAAGGGAGGCAAGUUUAUCUGGGGGGUUAUGAUAUGGAAGAGAAAGCUGCGAGAGCUUAUGAUCUUGCAGCUCUCAAGUACUGGGGACCUUCAACUCAUAUAAAUUUUCCGUUAGAGAACUACAGGGAAGAACUGGAAGAGAUGAAGAACAUGAGUCGUCAGGAAUAUGUUGCACAUCUAAGAAGGAAAAGCAGUGGCUUUUCAAGAGGGGCUUCAAUGUAUAGAGGAGUGACAAGGCAUCACCAGCAUGGAAGAUGGCAAGCUCGCAUUGGUAGGGUUGCAGGAAACAAGGACCUUUAUCUUGGGACAUUUAGCACCCAAGAGGAAGCCGCUGAAGCUUAUGACAUUGCUGCAAUCAAGUUCCGUGGGGUAAAUGCUGUGACCAACUUUGACAUAACUAGAUAUGAUGUUGAAAGAAUCAUGGCCAGCAAUACUCUACUUGCUGGAGAGUUUGCUAGGCGAAACAAGGAGACGGAAUCAACCAAUGAAGCCAUUGAAUUCAACCCAUCAACACACAACAGCGGGGAACAUAUUCAACCACAAAAUGAGAAUGGAAAUGGAUCAGGUUGGAAAAUGGCCUUGUAUCAGACCCCACUGCAACAACCAAAUACUGGCGUUGGGUCACUUGACCACAAAUCCAUGGAUAAUGGAAAUUAUCGUAAUAAUUCCUCCAUCUCAGCAGCCCUUCAAGAUUUGACAGGCUUUGAUUCAGUGAACGCUAGUCAGGCAAUGGUGGAUGAAUCAGCUAAGCUAGGAGGGAAUCAUUUUUCAAAUCCAUCAUCAUUGGUGACUAGUUUAAGCAGUUCAAGAGAGGGUAGCCCUGAUAAAGCUGGUCCAACAAUGCUUUUCGCCCGGCCACCAUUGGCAUCAAAGUUCAUUAGUCCAACAACGGGUGUUAAUUCUUGGUUUCCAUCAGCAGCCCAGUUAAGGCCUGCUGCAAUCUCCAUGGCUCACUUGCCAGUUUUUGCUGCUUGGAAUGACACCUGAGCUGAACCCUUGUAAGUGUUCAGACGAAGAUCCAAAGUUUUGCAUGAACGAUGAAGGAAUUGGCGGUGCUAGGAGAAAAAAGUAUUAAUUACUAUUGCGUAAGAUUUCAAUUAUGGCUUUUUCUUUUCCUUUUUAGUUAUUAGGGGAGGUAAUUGGGGCUUAAUGAAAGACAAAGAUGGGGACCAUGUUGUCUCUCUGUAAGCAAGUGUAAGAAACUUUUGUCAAACUUAAAACUUUUGGCUCAUAUAUGGAAUUGAAAGAUUUGACAAAAUGGAGGGGAGGGAUUUGUGAGAGGUCUAAUGAUUAAA